UUUAAAAUAAAAUAUCAUGCUAUCAAGAGUGUCUGGAAGAAUUACAACUAAAGUAAAUAUUUCUUAACUUUGGACUAGUCUCAAUUUAGAUUCACUACUUUGAGAGCCUAAUUACAUGAUUUAAUUUAUAGGGAUGAUAAAUCUUCUGAUCUUUAUAAAUUAGCAGCAGGCUGCCCCAAAACAGCUGUGGGGUAACAAGGAAAUGAGAUUAGAGAAUAAGAGAGAAGAUAUGAAGUAUCCAAACUCUCAAAUGGUAUAACAGUACUUACAGAAUCUGCCUCAUCUCCAUCAAGAGUGGAUGUUGGAAUUCUUUUAGAUUUAGGCACAAGAGAUGAAACAAAUGAAACUUCAGGAUCAUUGUUAUCAAUAAAGAAUACCUAUUAUAAGUCAGUCUUAAACACAAAUGAGACUAUUAAUUAGUAUUGAAGCAUCUAUUAAUUUUAGUGGUGUUAUUCAAUAAUCUGGGGGAGAGUUUGAAAUGGAUUAUGAUUAAGAGAGUGUUUACUUCAAAGCACAUUGUUUGGCUCAUGAUGUUGUUGAUGUCUUCAAAGUGGUCGCUGAUUGCGCACUUGAGCCAAGAUCAGUUGUAGCUGCAAAUGCUGCUAUUGAAAAAAACUAUGGGACACAUAAUUUAGAAAAUAUUAUUAAAAGUAUCAUACAUAUGUUAAUUUUUUUUAGGUGGUGAAGCUUUUAAUGAAGCAAUAUUCAAAACUGCUUUUGGAUUAACUGGUUUGGGAAUGCCAUUAAGAGGAUUUAAAAAUAAUAUUGGUAAUCUAAGUGCAUAUAACAUUUAAAAAUUCUAACUUGAAAAUAUUAACCCAUCCAGAAUCAUAGUAACUGGUGCAGGUAUUUACAACCAUUCAGAGUUUGUAAGUCUCGCUUAGGAUACUCUUAGUUUUAUUUCUGCUGGAUAAAGCACAAAAACAAGAACCUAAACUUAAUAUAUUGGUGGGGAGGUUAGAAAUUUAACGGAUGAUAAUGAAAUUGCUAUUGGUUUAUUAUUUCCUUCUGCAAACUGGAGUAGCUCAUAAGCAGCAGUAUUUUAAGUAUUAAAUGCUCUUUUGGGAUAAACAGGCAGUUCCCAAUCAAGAUUAUAAAGAAAUAGUAAUCAAUUUAAUUAAUAUUAUAGUUUUAAAUAAAAACUCUUAUGCUGAUGUUGUAGAAAGUUUAAACUUUACUUUUUCUGAUGCUGGUUUGUUUGGAGUUAAAGUCAUUGGAUCAGCUGAUAAAGGAUCAGAAUUACUUCUUAGCGUUUUGAAUGAAUUAAAAUCUUUAACUGGAUCAAUUUCAAAUUCAGAAUUGACUAGAGCCAAAUAAAUUUUAAAAACUUAACUUUUUUUUGCUCUUGAAAGAACUGCUGAUAGAUUAGAGGAAGCUGCCAAAAAUGUAAAUUUAAAAUUCUUGCUUUUAGUUAAAAAUUUUCAAAGCAAUAAAACUUAAUGAAUAUGCUUCUUACAUUGAUGCAGUCACAUCUGAUUAAGUUAAUAAAGCUGUUAUAGAUUUAUUAAAGACCAGACCAUCAUUAGUUGCAGAGGGCGGGUUAGCCAAUAGAUUACCAACAUAUGACUAACUGUUGAAUCAAUUAAAAUGAUUCUGUUAUAUAAAAUUAUACAUUCA